GUGUAAACAUGGAAGUAGGUGGAUAUUAAUUAUAAAUGAAUAGUGACUAAUGCAGUUAUAAGUUAUGUCUACUAUAAUCAGGAGUUUAACGUUCUUAGCAUUUUUUACUUAUUUAAUUUUAAGUUAGUAUCGAUAGAAAUAGAAUACAUAUUCAAAAUGAAAUAUGCUGUGGAUUUUAAAGAGUGUCUCAAAGAUUCUCCAAAGUUCAGGGCAUCACUCGAAGAAGCAGAAGAUGAUAUUGAAGCCCUGGAAAUAAGACUUGAUAGGCUAGUGAAACAAUGUACUUUAAUGAUUGAUGCCGGCAAGGCCUUCAGUAAUGCUAGCAGUGGUUUCGUGGUUGGUGUAAGAGACCUGGCCAAUUACUUUAACGAUGACUCUCUUGUUUCUGACAAUGCUAAAGUAUCUACAAGCCUCAGUCGAUUCUCACAUGCAAUGGAUGAAAUGCUCAAAUAUUUUAAUAUUUUAAUGGACCAAGCACACAGAUCUAUAAGCAAAAAUCUCAAUAACUUCAUUAGAAUUGACAUCAAGAAGGUGAAAGAAACAAAAAAGCUGUUUGAAAAGAUUAGUGAUGAUAUGGACGCAGCCUAUAUCCGCAACUCUCAAGCAGCCAAGUCCAAGCCACAGGAAUGUGAAGAGGCGCAUAAUACUUUAACGGCCAUGAGGUCAUGCUUUGCUCAUACGUCUUUAGACUAUGUCUUUCAGGUGAAUGUACUCAACUCCAAAAAAAGAUUUGAUAUUCUUGAUACAAUGUUGUCUUUCAUGCACGCACAAAAUGCAUUUUUUCACCAAGGCCAUGACCUGUUUCAAGAUUUAGAAACAACUUAUAUGAAGGAUAUUGCUGGUCAGGUGAAAGAACUAAGUAGCAAGGCUAAAGUUGAGAUGAAAGAAAUGGAAGAAAGACAUAACCUUGUUCAGAAAAAGGACCUGAGCACCAGUAAUCUCCAUCUAGGGGACCAGGUGGAAGGAUAUCUCUUUAAAAGAAACAGCAAUGCUUUCAAAAACUAUGUUAGGCGCUGGUUCUGCAUCCAAGAGAGCCAGCUUGUCUACCGCAAGAGAAGCAAGGACACCAUGACUGUGAUGGAGGACGACCUCAGGCUGUGCACUAUACGACAGCCCCCAGACUCAGACAGGAGGUUUUGUUUUGAGGUUCUCUCCCCUACCAGGAGUCACAUCCUGCAAGCUGAUUCAGAUACAGAGUGCCAAAUGUGGAUCAAUGCCUUAAACACCAGCAUCAGCCGGGCUUAUAAGGAGACUCUACACCCUCCAGAUAAGUUGGAAGACAAAAGAAAUUCCAGCAGCUCCUCCAAAGAUUCCAGCCAGUCAGAAAUACAGCCAGCAGAGCCCAAGCCCAGCAAAGCCAGAGUUCGCAUGGAACAGCUGCUUGUUAUACCAGGUAACUCCAACUGCUGCGACUGCGGUGCCCCAGAGCCCAGGUGGGCCAGCAUCAACCUUGGGAUCACACUCUGUAUUGAAUGUUCUGGAAUUCAUCGAGGCUUUGGUGUCCAUGUAUCCAAGGUGCGUUCCCUGACCUUGGACACCUGGGAACCAGAACACCUGAAGGUGAUGCUGGAACUGGGCAAUAAGGUGGUCAACCACAUCUACGAGGCUGAGGUGGACGAGUCAGUGGCUGUUAGAGCAGCGCCGGACAGCAACAGAAGUGUAAGGGAAAACUGGAUCCGCGCUAAGUAUGUCCAGAAGGCUUUCAUCAGGAAACUUCCAGGCGUCAAUAAAACCAAUGUCUCCAGGAAGUGGAGUGUGAGGAAAAAGACGAGGAAGUCCCCCACCAAGAGUGCCCAGUCCACCUCGUCCAGUUCCAGGGGGGAUUCCCUGACGCCAUCAGACUCCGAGGAGGUUCCGUCAGAAAUUCUGGAAGGUGUUAAUUCUAGUAGAGGAGCGGUGUUGUCAGUGUCUAACGCAACCAUUAAGGAGAGCAGCAGCGCCAGCAGCGGCGUGGAGAGUCUGGCGGACAGCAGCUACGGCCUGGUCUUUGGUGACGAGUGCCCCAGCCCGUUUGUUGCUGGGUUGAACAAGAGUAAGAUACUUAAGGGGGGGGGGGGAGGGAGGGGGGGAGAGAGUCUGGCAGACAGCAGCUACGGCCUGGUCUUUGGUGACGAGUGCCCCAGCCCGUUUGUUGCUGGGUUGAACAAGAGCCUUGACCUUGAAAGUUCAGACGAGUCACUGCACGAGUACGAAGACGAAGCCCCUGGGACGGAAGCCAGCAAAGACGAGCCAGGGAGUGACGGAGACGAGAACACCACCUCGUGGGAGGACAUGAGCAAGCUGGACCCCAACCUGCUGCUGUACAAGGCUAGCGGGGCCCGCAACCUGCCUGUCAUGAUGGAGGCCUUGUCCAACAAGGCUGACCCCAACUGGGUGAACCUGGACGACGAGGGGAAGACUCCCAUCAUGAAAGCUGUGCAGACGGGCUCGCUGGCAACUUGUGAGUUUUUACUGCUGAACAACGGCAAGCUGGACCGUAAGGAUAAACAUGGGCGUACAGCCCUGCACCAUGCAACAAUUUUAGGGCACACUGGCCAAGUCUGCCAGUUCCUCAAAAGGCGAGCUGAUCACAAUACUAAAGAUAAUUUUGGGAAGACGCCAUUGAUGAUUGCUGUAGAGAGUGCAAAUGCUGAUAUUGUUACAUUGCUAAGGCUUGCAAAACUAAAUGAUGAAAUGAAAGAGUCAGAAGGCUAUUCAGGAAAUCCAGGUGAUGAAACUUUUCAAGACGUCUUUAGAGACUUCACCAACAUGGCAUCCAACAACCCAGAGAAGUUGAAGCGUAAAUAAGUUGUUGGAUGUUGUACAGAGAGAGACAUACAAUUGCUGAGGGUGGUGUACUUUGUUGGAUGUUGUACAGAGAGAGACAUACAAUUGCUGAGGGUGGUGUACUUUGUUGGAUGUUGUACAGAGAGAAACAUACAACUGCUGAGGGUGGUGUACUUUGUUGGAUGACAGCAGCAACCACUCAAGUUGUGUGCUGGCUGGCUUGCUGGGCCACAGUUGCUGGUGUUGGAUGGACAGCUUUAGAUUUGUUAACAUGUUGGGUAGACAGCACAAGAUGCUGAAGGUUUUUGUUGGACAGACAGCAUUGGCUAUUUUAUUUGUUUGGAUGGGUUAAUUUACUAAGGUGUUUUCUGAAUCGACAGUAAUUAUCGUGCUAAAUAGACAGCAAUUAUGGUAUUGGAUGGAUAGCAUUUACGGUGUUGAAUGGACAGCAUUUACGCAUCAGGUACUGUUUUUUUGUGUGUUUGUCAGAUGGCAGUAUCUAAGCAGACACAGUGUGCCUGUUGUAUCAGCCACGGACCUGUCCUGGGCUAUGUUGUUUGGUGAUAUCGCUUUUGUUUCUGUGAUUUUUAUUAUUCCUUUUGAAUGGCUAUUUUUAUGUGACCAGUGGUGUGAUUUAUUUUUUUCUUCAGUACAGAAUUUGAUGCGUAAUAAU